AUGAUGAUUUUGAUAAAAGAAGAAGAAACGAAGAAAGAAGAAACGUGGGCUGAAGAUGUCGACAUCCAACACAGAUUUACUUUCGCCAUGGAAUACGGUCCCCAUGUAGAUGUCCAAGGCUAUGAGAUGGUUAUCGACUACUUUCGCCUCUUUCUGAAUGAUCAGUUAGACGAACAGGUAUGGACGUCAGAAGAUGGUGAAGAAGAAAAAAGAUUGGACAGAAACUACCGUCGAUGA